AUGAAAGUUACUCACGGUGACGUUACUUUUGCUACGAAUGCUGAUGGUGACUGCGGAGCUCUCUGUGGUUUUUUGAAGUGGCGAGGUGCGAAAUUGAAUGAAAAUGGGAACGGAGUAACGAAUUUGAAUUUUCGUGAUGAACAGGACAAAAAGGUUCUAGUUAAUAGGUUCAGACUUUUUCUGUUGGAGAUCAUUGGUCCUUUGCAAGGAGGGUUCAUUUCAGGAAGAGGAACCACAGAGAAUAUUAUCAUUGCUCAGGAGAUUAUGCACUUCAAGAGGAACACCAAGUAUCGAAAAAGGACCAUGGCGUUCAAGAUUGAUUUGGAAAAAGCUUAUGACAGGAUAGACCGGCUCCAAAAUUUCAAUCCAAAGAGAGAGUUGAGGCAAGGAGAUCCCAUGUCUCCUUAUCUAUUUGUUCUCUAUAUGAAAAUGCUUGCCUGCUUUAUCUCUCAUAAAGUUUUUCAAGGUUUGUGGAUCCUGGUAGCCAUUUCUAGGAACGGACCACGACUCUCUCAUUUGAUGUUUACAGAUGAUCUUUUGCUUUUCUGUAACGCAUCGAAAGCUCAAGUAAUAGAGGUUAUGCAUUGUCUGGACUUGUUUUCUAGAGCGUCAGGUUUGAAGGUAAAUCUUCAUAAGUCAAAGGCCCAGUGUUCUAAGAGGGUGUUAGAAAAGAGAAAAGAGGUUCUCUCAGGGGUCUCUAACAUCCAUUUCUGCAAUGAUUUGGAUACAUACCUGAAAAUUAACAUCGGUCAUGCCAGAGCUUCCAGGAAGACGGCUCAGGAGGUUAUUGAAAAAAUUUUGAGGAAGCUCUCCAGUUGGAAAGGAUGCCUACUGAAUAAGGCAGGGAGGCUUUGUCUUGUUAAAUCAGUUAUGGCCUCUAUCCUGGUUUAUGAAAUGCAAAUUUCUCUUCUCCCGAAGUAUGCAUGUAAUAAAAUUGAUUCCUUGAUGAGACAGUUCUUGUGGAAAGGCCAAGCGACCGGCAAAGGACUACCUCUGGUCAGGUGGGAGGUCGCCAUAACUCCUAAAAGGGCAGAAGGAUUGGGUAUUAGGGAUACUACCUGUGCUAACAUGGCGCUUCUAAAAAAGUUAGUAUGGGAUUGUCUAAAUAAUAGUGAGAAGUUGUGGGUGCAGGUUCUAAAGCAUAAAUAUCUCAGGAAUCAAUCUGGUAUGAAUGCAAAUAGUAGAAAUUCUUCAUCGGCUACUUGGAAGAACAUUGUUAGUGCCUAUGAGCAUCUCAAGGAAGGGCUUCAUUGGAAUAUUGGGAAUAAAGGGGUGUCUUGGGAGGUUGAUAGUCUUACCAUGCCUAUUCUGCAUGAGAUUAAGCAGUUUAUUUGUGGUCUGAGAUAUCCUAGUUCGACUGAGUUGGAGCCAAAGUGGGAGUGUUGGCCUGCAGCAACAAAAAAGUAUAGUGCAAGGGAGGGUUAUAGAUGGUUAUUAGAGAAAACAUUGAAUUGGAAUGCCAAUAGUAACUGGAACUGGUUGUGGAAUACAAACAUUUCGGAGAAGUUCAAAUUUACUAUGUGGCUUAGCUUACAUGAUGCUCUACCAACUGAGACCUUUCGAUUCAAGCGGCAUUUAGCUUCUUCAGAUAUGUGUAAGAGAUGUAACAAGGCGCAGGAGACUAUGGAGCAUUGCCUUAGAGACUGUGAACGAUCAAAGGCAAUUUGGCAUAUGUUGGAUCCUAGUAUCCUGGACUCGACGGCGGGUACUGCUCUUGAAAAGUGGUUUCAUAAGGCCUUGGCUAACAAUGAGGCAUCUUUUGGUGCAGGGCUUUGGUGGGUAUGGAGACAUAGGUGCAAUGACAUAUUCAAUACUGACAACCUUUGGACAGACCACAAGCGGGAUUUGGGUAUAUUAUUAGAGAUUCUAAGGGAGAUUGGAUCUCGGGCUGCUCUGGAAGCAUUCCCCCCUAGUCUAUCAUCAGAUCUUACAAGUGGGUAUUUAUCUGAAGUAACAGAUUUGGUUCACAAGAUUCAGGAGCUUUUAUCUCGUCCUUGGCUUGUUCACAUUGAGUGGGUAUCUCGAGAAGCAAAUAGAGCUGCGGAUUGGAUGGCUAGAUAUGGUGCAAAGAGUAACUCUAAUCAUGUUAUUUGGUCUGAACCUUGUGCUGAUCACCAGCAAAUCAUCCUCUCGGAUAUAGGAUAG